AAAAAAAAAAAAAAAAAGAAGCGCUGCAAUUCUCGUUCACUACUUCCGCAGCUUGGGCUUCCGGUUUACCAUCCAACCGUCAUUGCCAUUUGGCUAUUCGAUCUUCCUUGUUAAUUUUCGGUUUCUGCUUUGAUAUCUGAAAUUGUUGAUCACUGCUUAGAUCUCCAAUUGCAUUUCCAUUGUUCCUAGAUCGCCAUGGCUAUCGACAUCCCAACCUUGGAAGAAAGGCAAGUCGUUGUCGUGCACUCUUUUGCAAGGAUUCUUCGCAUUGAAGCUUGUUUCUUACAAUGUUAGUUUCAAGUAUUAGCCAUUAAUUUGGGGGAAGUGGACGGUCUUACUGUAACCGGAAAAUCUGAAUGCUCAAAGACUCUUAAUGGCAUUCAUCAGCCCAAUCCACCCCCCAAAAAAAAUAAUUAAUAAUUUUUACUUUUAAUCCUCUUAAUUCCGCUGGAAAUUUAUAGGAAUUAUGCUCGCUUCCCAGUGUGUGAGCACUUAUUAGGCUCCAUGAGAAUGGUGUCCAGCAUUUAGAUUUAUGACUGUAGGAUUCGUUUCAAGCAGUAGCUAAAUCGGCUGCUGCUUCCUCUUCCCAUGCAUUUUUAACUAUUUGCUUUGUCUUGUGAAAUCCGAAAUUUUUGGGCGACAACAAGUUGAUUGUAAAUUAAAAGUUGGAUGAAGGGAAAGAAGCAGCUUCACAAAAGGGCAAUCGUUUGAAUGAAUUGUUCCUAGUUUCCAUAGUGGUUGAUAAUUUGAUCAGGUAUAUCGGCUCUUGCAGGAGCCAUGGUAUUUUGCCUAGCAGUUCUAUUUUGUCAAGCUUUUUUAAGGCUGAGAUCAAAAAGUCCUGUCAGGAGCUCUGCUGCCUGGAGAUUUUCAUUGAUGACAUAAAGGAUAUCGAUUUUCCUCCACUUCUUGAUGUGUGCAUGAACCUUGAUACUUCUGAAAUAGAAGCUGUUGAUUUACGUAAUGAAUCAACAUCUGAAUUAAAUGGAGAGUAUGCCUUAUCAUUGAUGCGUGCUAUCAAUCAAAAGCUUCGAGUAGUUGAUCUACAAGAUUUGUCAUUUGGAAAAGAUUUCUUGCGGGAUAUCUCUCAAAGAGGUUUGGCAUGCCAAGUUUUGACACUGAGGUCUUCACAUUUCCGGAAGCUGAACUUAGUUGGGGAGUUCCUGAAUAUGCAUACACUUAAUCUUGAUUUCAGCUCAUCAUUGACCAGUUUCCAAGAGGACUGCUUUAAUUGCAUGCCCAAUCUAAUGUGCCUCUCAAUGUGCGAGACACAGAUAUCCAAUCUUUGGACAACUGUUGCUGCCCUCUCUAAGCUUCCUUCUUUGGUUGAACUUAGAUUUCAAUAUUUGUUGCAUUGCAAUGAUGCUAUGACCUCGUAUACUUCAUCCAGUGGGAGGUCAAAUGACACUGAUGAUUUCAUUCUGUCAAAGAGAGUUCCAUGUAUUAGUGAAUCCUGCAUUGGCACAAGUGAACUGACGGAUCAUACCUUCGGUGCAGAUAAUCCACUGAGUAAUUUUUAUUCAUUUGAUGAUGCUAUGAAUCAUGAUGCUUCAAGCAUUAUCGAUGAUUCAUCAGGUGAUACUGAAGUUGACAUUUCACGUCACCAUCAAAGAUACGCGUUGUCAGCUGUCUUUGCUAGGUGGAAUGGACAGAUGCCUCUUCAGAAUGAGAAUCAAGAUGAAGAGGAUUUGUUGGAAGGCACCUUUGCAAGGCGUACUGCUGAUGUUUCUCAGAAGUAUAUGCCUUGUCAUGCAUCGCCAAUUUGUUAUGAGAAACAUUACAGAGAAUUUAUGAUAGCUUCAUUACCUAACCUGAAAGUCUUGGAUAAUUUACCUAUAAAAAAGAUUGACAAGGAAAAGGCUACAGAAACAUUUUCUCAAUACUUUGAGUAUCUACCAUACAGAUGGAAGCACAAGGAGAGUAUUGUUCGUAUCUUACAGAACCGUGAAAUAAAAUCAAGCCAUAUAAAUGUACAGAGUCUCAAGUCCAGGGCAUCAUAUCGUUCUGGAAAGUCCCAACACUUUUAUGCUAGGUCUCUUUCUGCUGCAAAAGUGGGGUCUUCAACUUGGCCUUUCUUGUGUCCACUUUCUCUGUCUGGCUGUCGCUUUGGAGGUGAAGAUAGAGUCUUUCGUCCAAGGCAGUUUGAGUACCAUCCAUCUGACUCCAGCCUGAUGGUCUUUGGGACUUUAGAUGGUGAAGUAGUUGUCAUCAACCAUGAGAACGAGCAGAUUGUGAGCUAUAUUCCAUCACUUGGAGCAAUGAAUAGUGUCUUGGGGCUCUGCUGGCUUAAGAAAUAUCCCUCCAAGCUUAUAGCAGGUUCGGACAACGGUUCCUUGAAAUUAUAUGACAUCCAUCAUGUAGGAAGAAAAAGUACUGGCAUAUAUGGCAGUUCUGGUUGUGUUACUUUUGAUGAGUUUGACCAGUUGACGUCUGUUCAUGUUAACUCCGCAGAUGAGCUAUUUCUUGCGAGUGGUUACUCAAGAAAUGUUGCUUUAUAUGACAUCAACAAUGGAAAGCGCUUGCAAGUAUUCACUGAUAUGCAUCAGGGGCAUAUUAAUGUAGUUAAAUUUGCAAAUCAUUCUCCUUCGAUUUUUGCCACUUCAUCGUUUGAUCAGGAUGUCAAGAAGUGGGAUUUGAGACAAAAACCCACACACCCUUGUUUCACUGCUUCAAGUUCUAGAGGAAAUGUUAUGGCCUGCUUUUCUCCAGAUGACCAAUAUAUUCUUGCAUCAGCUGUUGACAAUGAGGUUAGACAACUUCUAGCCGUUGAUGGUAGGCUCCACUUGGCUUUUGAUAUUGCUUCCACGGGAAGCUCUCAGAAUUACACCCGUUCUUAUUACAUGAAUGGGAGGGACUACAUUAUCAGUGGGAGUUGUGAUGAACAAGUGAUUCGUAUAUGCUGUACCCAAACAGGAAGGCGUUUGAGAGAUAUAUCCCUCGAGGGAAGGAGUUCUGGAAGUUCCAUGUAUGUUCAAUCUUUGAGGGGUGAUCCUUUCAGGGAUUUCAAUAUGAGCGUGUUAGCAGCCUAUAUGCGUCCAGCUUCCAAGUCUGAAAUUGUUAAGAUCAAUUUGUUAGCAUCAAGUGGCUAUACUAAAGAUGAUUCUGAUCAGCAGCACCCCUGUCCAUCCCAUAGUAUGGGAGCUUAACGUAUCACAUUGCAAAUAUUACUGGCUCAGGAUUUUCAACCUCUGCUUCAGAGAGUUAUACUGGUGUGGCUAAACUUGUAACGUAAUUCGAUGCCCAUAAGAAAUUCAAAUCAAGAUCAUAUGUCUGCUGCAUGCAUUGUAUGCAACGAAUGGCUUAUUUUUUGCAGCGGAGACGAGUAUUUGGCGACAAGAAAGUAGGGUUAAGUUCCUGGAUGUUCUGUAGAUAAAGAAAUUGGUAGGUUGAGAAAUAGAUGCAUCAGGACUAGCUUCUUAUAUGUUUUGUAGAUCAAAUUUGGUAAGCAGAGAAUUAGGUCCAUUAGUUUUUUUUUUUUUUAAAGCCUUUUUAAUGGUGCAAGCACCCAUCUGUUUGGUGUGCGCACGCACGCGAAGGCAGAUUUUGAAAUUUUAGAUGGGGGGCAACGUGCAUAUGUGGCAAUAAAAAUAUGAUAUAAAAUGAUAUUAUUGAUCUUAA